CCUCACACUCUUCCGCCUUCCUUCCUUCCUGUGCUCCUUUUGUAUAUACUUUUUUUUGUUUUCUCCUGCAGCAAUUGCAUACAAACGUCGACAUCAUCCUAGCUUAUCGUAUACCCGCACGCAACCUUGCUCUACGCAUUCCUCAAAGCAUGCCUCCAGGCACCCCUCCAGCACCUGCACCUGCCUCGCCUCCUCGUCCAGCGGGUUCAAACACCAAUCUUCCUACCAGUCUCUCUGCCGACCAAUCCAUCCAUCCCCUUCAAGAGAUCCUGAACAGCCCCAGCUCAGCUCUCCCCUUCGCCGCCUCAAACGCCCAAGACAAUGGUGCAGUCAACAGCAGUGCCAGCAGCAUCCACGGCGGCAGCUCAGCAAGCAUAAGCAGCGAGAGCGGAGAGAGCGUGAGCAGUCUAGGCGGACUGAACCAUGUCAAUGACGGUGUCAGCGGUUCAACCGUUCAGCGGAAGAUGUCCAGAGUGUACAGCAACGAAGACUUCAUCCGCAACCAAGUUCGACGCCUCUCUGUACAGCAAGGGAACCCCAUUACCAUCGUCGAUGGUCUGGGUCAGCAGCAGCAGCAACAACAGCAGCAGCAACCGGUCCCAUUAGACAGCUCGACCGUCCAACUCGCCAGCGAUACCCCUUUGGUGGUUGAGAAGGAGUCCUGCUGGAAGACAUGGCUACGACGAAAGGUGCCUGCGUUUGGUUGGCUUAUCUCUCCUGGAUACAAGUUGACAGACCUACCGGACGACCUUAUUGCAGGCAUAACCAUAUCGACGGUUGUUAUUCCCCAAAGUAUGGCGUAUGCCAUGCUUGCGCCAUUACCGCCCGUCUACGGCCUCUAUACUUCUGUCGUGCCUAUCCUCAUCUACUGCAUCUUUGGCACCAGUCGGCACAUGCACACAGGAACAUUUGCAAUCACAACCCUGCUCCUGGGCCAGGCUGUCCGGGGCCUCAUGGCCAAGGAUACUUCCUCAAAAGCACAUGGACUCAUGGGCGACUUUGGCCUCACCAACACCCUACUCUACAACGUGCAACCUGUACCUCAAUUGCCUUCCGAGGACCCUGAGUACGAGCGCGAGUUCAUCGGCAUGAUCCUGAUGCUUUCGUUUGUGGUGGGGUUUGUCCAGGUCAUCAUGUCGUUUCUUCGCAUCGGAGGGUGGGCAUCGAAACACUUGCUACCCGAUGCUCUGGUCGGCGGGUUCAAUACGGCGGCCGUCUUUCACAUCGGAACGUCGCAAUUAAAACACUUUUUGGGCAUCAAAAAGAUGCCGUCUUCCCAGGGAGCCUUUGCCCUCCUGAAGUCGUGGAUGUGGAUUGCCACGCAUUUUCUCGCAGAAACCAAUUGGCACACAGUAUUGCUGGGAACUGUCGCGAUCGUCUUCAUGGUCGCCAUGCGGAAAGUGGAACGAAAACGGAAGACUGCGUACGAGCUCCAGCUGCGGAAGAAGGAGAUGCUUAUGGUGCAGGAGAGGCAAGCCGUAUCGGCGGCGAUUGCAAGAGCUCAUGAGGAGCAACGGGAUCUUCAAAGGCGCCGGGAAGAGCAACAAGGAUUUCAAAAGAGCAAAAAUACUUCAGCAAAAGCUGGUACGAUCACGGUCGACAAUGGAGACAGGGACUCUGGAUCAUCGGUGACCACUGCAUCAACUGUUAUCGAUCCUGAACAAGGUCUGUCGCCGCCACUGCUGAGCACUACCCCUAUGGCACUGGCUGUCGAGGAGCGCCAGAUCUAUAUCCCGGUUCCCGACAUCUUGAUGGCUGUUAUCCUGCUAACGGUAGUGAACGUCGUGUUUUCUCUGGAUACUCCGAGGUCCAAGGGCGGCUGGGGCAUCGAUGUGAUCGGACCAAUUCCUAAGGGCCUGCCCGAGAUUACCUUCCCGGCUAACAGGAUCACGUCUGGGCCGCAAGAGUGGAUGACUCUGAAUUUUCUCAAGACGGUCGUGGUGCCAAUGCUCCAACCGGCGUUGCUGAUCGCGGUCAUUGUCUACGUCAUGUCGUUCUCAAUCGCCAAGCAGUUCGGAAAGCGAUAUGGCUACAAGGUCGAUGCGAACCAGGAGAUGCUGGCGUUGGGGCUGGCGUCGAUGGGUGGACCCAUCUUCAGUGGAUAUGCGUGCACCGGCAGCUUGACCCGAACUGCGAUCCUGUCCCAAUCAGGUGGCAGAACACCCCUGGCGAGUAUGGUUGGAGUCGCAACAGUAACCUUGACACUGAUCUGUCUGACGUGGUGCUUCGAACGUGUUCCGAACGCGGUGUUGGCAGCGAUCGUCCUGGUGGCGCUACAGUCUCUGGUGAUGCAGAUUACGGAGCCGCUCAAGCUGUGGAGGCUUGGCCAGCAAAAGGCAGCGGUGAUCUGGACGGUUACGUUUGUGUGCGUAUUGAUCGUCAGCGUGGAACUGGGGAUCGCAAUCGGCAUCGCAACUGUUUUGUUGGCAACAGCUUACAGUUGGGUAGUGGAUCGUCACCGCGGAGACGAUGAGCCGUUGAUGGGACAGCGGCGCCAUCGCCGGCCUUCACGAAGGUUGAGUCGGGGCGCUGUAUCUUCACGGGAGGGCCAUGUGGGUGACGCGACAGAUUCACUGCUGAACAACAGUGCUGUUGGACAGAGAAGACGCAGCCAUGGAGGCGGUGUUCGACUGUCAGAGGCGACAUCGCCGGUCUCUCGAGGCGCGGACUGGAAGAGGCGAAUGAUGCGGACGAAAUGGGGACAGAAGAUAGGGUCAUUCUUUGGUAUGGAGCGACCCAUCUUUUCGGAUGCACUGCAGACGAAUACGGACGAGGAUGAAUACUGAACGGAGGAAUGCCGUCUUGUGCCGUCUUGUGCCGUAUUGUAUAUACAAUAAUAAAC